GGAGAAGAGCCGUUCACACGGCACUGAAGUCUGACUGAUAAAGAUAUUUAUCAUAUAUUUGUAUUUUAUUUACAUUUUUAUUUAUAUAUUCUUCAAGAACAACAACUUCCGCUUCAGCAGAUCGACGCUGUGCCGAGCGGCACUACUAGCUGCAGAACAGCAGCUGUUCGACAGUGACGGUCGAUCACAGAGUAGGAGGACGUGACCGAACCGACAGGAGCGCAGUUACCGGAGCGUGACCCGGUUCUGGGGUUCGCUUCUUCUGCGACAGCCAAGUCGGGCUAAUGGGAAUGUUAGCUAAUAGCGUUAGCCCAGUGGGGGACUUCUAUUUGAAUCAUUACUAUAGUAUUUGGCCUAGUAGUAAGAUUUAAGCUAACUGAGCUAACUUCAGUCUAAUAGCGCAACAAUUCCAGCUAAUUCUAGUUAAGCGUUAACGCUCUGUGCAGAACCUGAUAAGACAGAACCAGAACCCUUCACCACUUAAUGUGCGUAUAAAUUCUGGGUCCUUUAUGACAAACCUUGUGGAGAAUAUGAGUAGAGAAGUCAAGAUGCUAACACCGCUAGCUAGGUGCCGUUAGCUCUGACCGCCGUGUAACAGCUGACGGUCGGUUUGGGGCGCGAUGGCUGGUGCGGCCGUGAGGUCAGGGCUGGGCUCAGAUCAGUCUCACAUUUCCAGUGCAUCUCUGUCGGGUGCCCUUGGGUCAGUGGACCUCAGGUUAACCCACCUGGACUGGAACCCAGAGGCAGCCCUCAUACACUUCCAGGGAAAGUACCUCACCACUGGUGAACAUGCCUAUGUGGCCUUACAGGAGGAAAUACAGAAUGAGCCAAAGACAGAAGCCGAAGUGGGCUUUGGGCAGUUAUGCCUUGUAGAGGAUUUAAGUUCAGGCCGUUGGUACCGAGGAAGAGUUCAGAACAAGCACGGGGACUUGUUGGACGUUUACCUCAUAGAUUAUGGUUAUGUCCUGAGUGUUGGCGUCGCUAACCUCUCUUCCUGUUCAAGCAACGUCUUCGACCUGCCUCCAAAAAUAGUUUGUGGCUUUCUUGCAAAUGUGAUCCUGUUUCAGGGCAGUUCUCAAUCUGUAGUGGAGGAUUUUUUCUCAAGCUUCAUUGGAAAGAAUGUAAGCGGUUGCAUUCAAGCCUUUCUACACGAUGAAGAAAUCCUCUUACUGGAAGCGCCAGACAUUAACAGUGAACUCGUUAAACAUGGCUUUGGGAGGUACAUGGACUUCGACACCUUCCUCCUCUUGUUUAAGAUCCUCAUAGAGAUCCCACUUGAGCAGCGCAUAGAGCCGGUGCAGGCGGGCUAUGGGGACAUCCUGUCAUUCUGUGGGCCUAGGCUGUGCUGUGGCACGCGUGUUAAAGUGCGUGUUACUGCUGCCGUCAGUCCUGAACUGUUCUACUGUCAGAUGGCCGGAGCGGAAGCGGAGCUCUGGGAAAUGUCGAAGAAGCUGGCUCAAUUACACACUCAGAGGACAGAAGAGGAUAAAUUGGGUCCACUCUGCUCCGUUAAAGCCAAAGAUGGGAGAUGGUGCAGAGGCUGUGUGCAGGGUCUACCGGUCAACUCCCAUAUCAGAGUUCUGUUCAUUGAUUACGGCUUCUCUGAAUUCGUCAAACUUGAGCAUGUCCACCUGUUGCCGCCUGAUUUCUAUUCACCCGUCGAGGUGUUUCGAUGCUCCCUGUCCCCCGUCAAUGGUCAGGAUGAGACUGCCAAAACUCAGCAGCUGUGUUUCCUGAAGGCAGGUUUGCUGGGAGGAGUGCUGGAUGUGGAGAUCAGUAGUUUUGAUGAAGAACAGCACUUGUACUCCAUCACAGUAUUUAGCACUGAAUAUAAUAAUUUAAAAGAAUCUGAGCCCAUUCAGAUUCACCCCAAGGUAAAGGCUGAGCCCGUUGCUGAGACAGAAGAAUUAUCAUUUCCGGGUGGAAAUGUCUAUGAGAUGUAUAUGACACUGAUGGGUGAAGCACUGGAUAAAACCCUGGAAGCAGAAGAGGUGCAGGUGGGCUCUGCCUUUGUGGGUUUUGUUGAAUAUGCCCUGGAUCCAAGUAAGUUCUGGAUCAGAACACAAAAACACAAUGAUGAGUUUGAAGAAAUGACGAGGAAACUAGCUGAUCACUUCUAUCAGGUGAAGAUGGAUGACGACAUACUGAUGAAUCCUGAGCCUGGGACCCGGUGCUGUGCUAUGUAUGAGAAGGACCUGCAUUUCUACAGGGCCAUUGUAACAGACAUUCUCGAUCAAGGAGCCAGAGUUUUAUUUAUGGAUUAUGGCAACACUGAGCGGGUGCCACAGAUGUUGAUCAAGAGGAUGCCAGAGGUCUUCGCCAGCCAUGCAGCGUUUGCCUUCUGUUGUACUCUUUCCAAUGUUUUUCCUAUGGAUGAAUGCUGGACCAGUGCCACCAGUGAGCUUUUCAGACGAGCUGUGUCAAACAAAUCCCUGCUGGUCCGCGUUGUGGACAAGUGGAAAACCAGAUGUGUUGUUGACCUCUAUGAAAUGGGAAGUGACGACAACUGUUUAAGUAUCGCUGAACUCCUUGUGUCUUCCAAACCAUCGGAAUUCUGGAGCCCUCCCAUUAAGUCUGUGGUGCAGAGUAACAAACGCACCUCUGACAUAAAUGCGACAUCAGCCAUCAGUAGGAAUAAAGAGCAUCGGGAGAAGAAUAAGCCUCAGAGACUCAGCUUCAAACCUUUAUGCAUCAAGCCUGGAUUUGAGCUGACUGUUUAUUGCUCAUGCAUCAAUUCAGUGUCAGAUUUCUGGUGCCAACCUCUCGAUAAGCGUUCAGCAUUGGAGCAAAUGAUGAAAGACCUUCAGCAGUAUUACUCAGCACACACAGUGCCCUACCAGUCAGGAGAACCAUGCUGUGUCAUCAAGUUCCCUGGAGACGGAAGAUGGUAUAGAGGCCUGAUUACAGAGAAGGAGAGAGGACGCGUCGGCGUGUUGCUGAUAGACUACGGCUUCACCACCCACAUCAAGGAGCACGGGCUUCAGGCAAUGAUGCCCCAGUAUGUAGACUUGGAAGUCCAAGCUUUCAGGUGCAGCCUUAACGGCCGAAUCGACGCCACGGAUCCAAAGGACUGUGGGAGUUCCACAGUGAACAAAUUACUAAAAGAUUUUGUCUUCAACAGCCCACAUGGUCUAAAAUGUCAAGUCUUUCUGCAGUUGAAUGUGAAAAACAGAGGACUGUGCAACAUUGUUGACCUGUGCAACAUCCAAACCCAGCAGACCUUAACAAGGGCUCUCGUGAAGAGUGGCCUGGCCAAAGAAACAACCAUCUCAGUUACGGCCAACACCUGUCCUGAGUCCUUUAUCUACUGCUCAUAUGGUCUACGUCCUGGAACAGAGGAAGACGUCUAUGUCACUCAUGUCAGCAGUCAGUGGGAGGUCUACUGCCACCUUGAGAGAAACUCUGAAAUCAUCAAAGAGCUGGAAAAGAAAAUCCCAGAGCAAAGUGAACAAGUGAAGCAAAGCAGUAGAAGCGCUGUAGGGAGCAAACUGUGCCUGGCAAAGUAUUUAGACGGCAAAUGGUACCGAGGCCUGGCUCAGCCUGUCAGCCAGUCCCCUCGGCACCUCAGCGUGUUCUUCGUGGAUUAUGGAGGCUUCAGCAUCUCGGAGAAAACCUGCGUGACGUUCCUUCCCGCAGCCUCGGAUUUCCUGUGCACACCCAUGCAGGCGAUGAGAUGCAGCCUCGCUAAAGUAUCAAAGAAAGAGCUUUAUGCAGACGCGAAGGAGUGGCUCGUUAAAGCGGUCCUCGACAAGCAGGUGAGAGCCAUCAUAGUUGGAAAGAGUGAAGAUGGUUCAUUUGAUGUGGAGCUGUUUGAUGGAGACAUUAACAUCAACAAGAAGGUGAACGAGCUCAUCCUCAGACUGUCACCUAAACCCAAGACAGUCAUGACCUUUAAAGCAAGCAGCACAAAUUUAAAUCAGGAAAUCAGUCCAGCCAGAGAAAGGAGAGACAACACAAAUCAGAACCUUGACAGGACAGAGCUCAGUGUCUCCACACAACCUCUGAGAACCUGUGACGUAAAGGACAGCGGCCCGAGUGUAGAAAACCCUGAGCAGCACUCGCACGCGGUCCCACCGCGCUGUCCUUUACCCGUCAGGAAACUCAACGCAGGCUUCAGGGCCAAAUGCUUCACCUCCCACAUCGAGUCUAUCAGCAGCUUCUUCCUCCAGCUGUCUGAGGAUGAAGCUGCCAUCCUGAAAAUGGUUCAAGACCUCAACUCUGAUGUCUUCAAAGAUGGCUUAAAAGCAGCCACGUCGCUGGGAAUUAACGACCUUGUUCUGGCUGAGUUUCAGGAGGAUGGUGCUCUGUAUCGUUCUGUUGUGAAGAGCUAUGAGGGGAGUUCUUGCCUAAUGGUUGACUUCAUCGACUAUGGAAACUCUGAAACCGUGGACAAGGCCAAGGUCUACCCUCUACCCGAGGAUUAUCGUUCUCAGCCAAGACUCAGUAUACCGUGCUCCCUGUUGGACACAGACGCUUAUGAAAAAGCUGCUGCUUUCAGUGCUGCAGUAACAGAGAAGCCGCUUAUGGUGGAAUUUGUUCGUCCAUUUGGAAGUCAGUGGAAAGUCAAGAUUGAAAUUCUGGAUGCAGCCGGUGAAAUGCAAGAGGAGCAACCUGUAGGUGGGACAGGGAACUACCAGGGGGGAGAAGUGUGUCGACAUGCUGUAGAAACACAAAGCUUCAGACUGGAAGCACCACCUGUCGCACUGAAAGUUAAAGGCAGGGUGAGAACCAGGUUACGAAGAAAAUCUAAGGCGAGACGCAAGGGUUCCACCACAAACGCUAGGAAGGCUCCUACAGUAAGAGGAGACUGCACUGAGGCAUUCGUACCUAUGACAACUGAUGCUCAGGACUCCGAGAACGGCACAGUUCUGUCGGUCCAGAGCACUGGCAAAGAAAAAUCACAUGUUGGCUUUGCUACUGCAGUGACGACUCCCUUUAAGUUCUGUGUUGUCCUUGAAGAUUUGCUCGUCAUGAAAAAGCUGAAUGAACCUCCUGGGCCGAUGUGUCCUCUUCCUGAAGCCCACCUCAUCCCUGGAACCUGCUGCCUCUUCAAAUCAGACUCUGAGAACGAGUGGUGCAGGGCUGAGAUCGUAAGUGCUGACGCCUGUUUGGUUCUGAACUUAGUGGAUCACGGCGUCUGUAAACUGAUGCCGUCUGAAAACGCAUCGGUGCUGAGGAGGCUUCCAGAGGAGCUAGUCGACCUCCCAAAGGUGACGUACCCCUGCAGUCUAAGAGGGGUGGAACCCGUUGGAGGGGACGGAAGGUGGAGCAACGAGGCAGCGUUGUUCUUCCAACAGCGUUUGUACCAGAAGAACCUGCACAUAUUCUUCAGAGAGUUGAUGCCAAACUCGCAUUGGAAGGUGGACAUCAUGGCAGACGGCGUCCAUGUGGCCAAAGACCUGGUGGAUGCUGGACAUGCCAGUUAUUUAGACGUCAUCCUGGAAUUGAGGUUCCAGGAGCAAAGGGCUCUUCCCCAGCACGUGGACAAAGGGUCUGCAGACGAUGACGCUGAUCUGUCCGCUCAGGUUACGGAGGAACUGCAAAGCGCCCUGUCCACAACUUGUCUCCUGAUGUGAACACGGUCCGGUUGCAUCUGCUUGAUGAGCAACACAUCAGUGAAAGGAAAACUGUUCAUCUGGGCUGAACGUCACUAGGACCAUGAAUCAUUACGUCAGUGUAUUUAUGGCCAAAGUAAUGUUUAGUUUCACCUAAAUUGUACAUAAUGUCCAUGUUAAAUAUUUAACAUUAAUAUAUUUAGGUUCCAUCUUUUGGGGUUCUUUUAAUGAAAGUAAAUAGUCCAUUUGAUAUUUGGUUGAAGUAAACACAAGACUAUUAACUGAUGAGUUGAAUGAGUUCUGUAGUGGCAAAGUGUUUGGUUAAAGUUAUGUAACAACCUGAGUUUGAUAAUGGACAUAAACAGUUGUGUGCUCCUUACAA